AUUUGUUUUGAAAUCUUCCAGACUAUUGUGAGCCCAACAUUAGAUGUUCUAUUAUUUUCUACGGUACAAAGUUCCAAAAAAAGAGUUCAAAGUUGUACCACAUCAUUAAUAUUGGAGACAUACAACAUGACUGGAAAAUCACCUGAUAUUUUUGAAAAAUACAUGUCCCAGACUCAGACAAGUCCAGAUACGGACGAGCAGUUUUAUGGAUCGUCAGAGAUAAGGCUUAAAAUUAAUGGCCAUGGUAGAUCCUUUUGUAACGAAGAUAACAUUGAUCAAUGCAUUACUUAUUUAGAUCAGGAAUUGGUCAUUGUUGGUUUUGCGUCACUGUAUAAGAAUUCUGACAAAAAGGAAUACAGCAUUGUUAAAAUUAUUAAUAAUUUAUAUGAACUUCUACUACUUCAAAUCAGAAAUAAUAAAAUUAAGGAUGAAAUGGAGAUUAGGCAACAAAGAUCUGAUUCUGAUAAUGAAUAUUUGGUUCAAAAUCAAACCCGACUCAAGAACGAACUGGAUUUGUUACAAAGAGAAAUUGCACAGCUGAAAUCAAAACAAAUAGAGUUAUCGAAAGUAAAAAAAUCAUUGGAUGAUGCUGUAAAAUCACAAAAGGAAGAAAUAAAGAAAAUGAAAGGAAAUCAACAAUAUUUAAGGAAACAAUUUGAACACGAUGUCAGGAAAAGUGAGAGAGAAAUGGUUAAGUUAAAGGAAAAAUUAGUGCAGACGCUUAACCAUCGAACUAAAGAUAAAUCAUUGGGCAUGGAUAUGUUGAAUUGCAUUCAAAGAACUGAUGGUAAACGCCGAACGUGGAAUACCACUAACAGACAGGACGAAGAUAUGUAUCGCUUAGUGGUGAGAAACUACGAAGAAAAACAAAAGGAACUCAUGGAAGAAAAUAAUGACUUACGAGAGUUAUUGCAACUCACUGAAAGGGAAUUAGUUCUUCUACUAAAUGAUCAUCAAGGGGAUGUUCUUACAGAAUCUGGGCACGAAAACGACAGUGAUAAUGACGUAAUAUCGAUAGGAAAUCACACAGAAGGACAUUACCAAAUGCCCUUUGAGCUUGUACGUGAAGGAAUCGCGAAAAGCAUUCACGAUAAAUGGUCCAGGUUAAAAGAGGAGAUGGAAAAUACUAAGAAAGAUGAUGCCGAGAUUAAUCAUGAAAAAUGUGAUGAUGUUGAUGUUCAUAAACUACAAAAUGAAUUAGAUCGGUAUAAAUACAUUGUUAUGCAACAGGAGGAGCAGAUACAGAAACUCCAGGAUAAUCUGAGCAGUGAAGUAAAGACAGACUUUAUGAAUGACUCUGCUGUUACUGCGCAGAAAGAUAAAAUUGAAAAGGAAAUGAAAUUAUUCAAGCAAGAAAAAAGUACAUUUGAUGAAGAAAGAAAGAGGUUCACAGAAGCCGCCAUUGAGUUAAGCCAAGAUAGAGAACGCUUCAAUGAAGAGAGAGCACUUUUCCUUAAGCAACAACUAUUGAGUUUGAGUCCAAGAAAUGACAGAAUUCAUGAUCCAAGGAAAGCUGGAAAGGACGAAGCAAGAUUACCAAAAUCUCGUACGCAGACUCCAGUGUUUUCUGUCCCUAAUCGAAAGAUGAACAAUAGUGAACACUCCGCCUCUUUCGACAGUACAUCGUGCUCCACACCAAAUACAGCCGAUCUCUACAGUGCUUUAAACUUGAAAACGAAAAGUGAACAUCUUGCUGAAGAAACACCUAGAGGAAUAUGGAAUCACGAUUCCCUGUCGAGCAGUCAAAACUCUUGCUCCAGUGAUCCCAAGAGUGAAAACCAUCUUUCGACUAAAAAUUUAAAAAGAAUUGGUGAACAUGCUAGGAAAAUAAAGAAAGCCCUUUUAGAACAGCAGAAUAAUGUACAAAGUCCAGACGUAUAAUAUAAAAAUACAUACAUAUUGACUGUAGGAUUUACAAAAAAAUUAUAUUAUUUAUAGUUUGUAAAAGUUUAGUAGAAUUUGGUAAUUGUAUAAACAGCAAUAUUGUUCAGCUCUCA